UGUGUACCUUUCAUGUGUUUGCGCUGUCCUUUGUUUAGCGUACAGCAGGCUCAUGUGUUUCUGUUUUCCACAUGACAAGUGAGAGAGCACAACUUUACACAACACGAGACAUACGUCGAGUUCACGGACCAUUUGACAGCCGGAUUACUGUCCGUAAAGAUACACCGAGCUAGGACUGACUGUUCGAAAUGGUGGAAAGGAUAUCCAACCAAAGGAAUUGACAGAAGAUGUGUGUAAAUCUUUAGAAGUGUGAGCCACGAACUUUAGCGCGCGUUUUGUCGAUUAUGAAACGGCUCACACAUAUAGCAAGACAUUUCCUUCGUUUGAAGGCCGAAUUGAAAGUGUCCGCUGUCGUGAGAGGUUUCCCUGCUCGCCUAUAAUGCUGUUGGCCAGUAUGGGAAUCGUAAAGAUCCGAGUUAUUGGAGUUUUGCUUAUGUUAUCGCUCGGUUCGUCUGUCGUUCUUUGGUGGGUUACGCCGCCGGCUCAUCACAGCUCACAAGAUCAAGGGAUCCCACAAUUCCAUGCGUUAUCUUCUAAUGAUGGCAGCCAGUUAUUGACUAGACUUAAUGACAUAAGAGGGGAAAAUUCUCAACUAAGGCACCAACUAGAUCUCGCAAACCAGCGACUCCAGGACUUGGAUCAUAGACUACAGAUAAUGAAGGAUUUGAGAGUUCGUAGCAAUAAUUCAUCAACUCUGCUCUAUCAGGAUAUUCUUGCUGUUCCUCAGUGUGAGGUUAUCCACAUAGCCGUCGUUUGUGCUGGUCACUCUGCAAGUCGUCAGGCUGUCACUCUUAUCAAGUCACUUUUGUUCUACCGCCACAAUCCUCUACAUUUUCAUUUUGUUUCUGAUUCUGUUGCUGAGCUCAUCCUUGGAACGUUAUUCAGGACGUGGGGAGUGCCUGCAGUGCAAACCAGCUUUUACCACUUAGAAAAAUAUAAGGAUAGGGUUUCAUGGGUGCCAAACAAGCACUAUUCUGGAGUGUUUGGUCUCAUGAAACUUGUACUGACUGAAGCUUUACCUGAGGUGCUUGAUAAGGUGAUAGUGCUCGACACUGAUGUUAUAUUUGCUUCUGAUGUGGCUGAACUUUGGAAACUUCUAGACCAGCUGACAAAGAAGAAGGCAAUCGGACUUGUAGAGAACCAGAGUGACUGGUACCUUGGAAAACUGUGGAAAAAUCACAAGCCAUGGCCUGCUUUGGGUCGGGGAUUUAACACUGGUGUGAUAUUACUUGAUCUUAACAAACUGCGUCGCAUGAACUGGAAGGACAAAUGGAGAUUAACAGCUGAGAAGGAGUUGAUGACCAUGUUGUCUACUGCCUUAGCAGAUCAGGAUAUAUUUAAUGCAGUGAUAAAAAAUGACCCUCAUUUGUUGCAUAAGCUGCCUUGUACAUGGAAUGUCCAGCUUGGAGACAACACACGCAGUGAGCAAUGCUACACAGAAGUCAAUGAAUUAAAGGUUAUCCACUGGAACUCUCCUAAAAAACUCCUGGUGAAAAACAAGCAUGGUGAUUUCUUCAGGAAUCUUUAUUUAACUUUCCUCGAAUAUGAUGGUAACUUAUUGAGGCGUGCAUUAUUCCAUUGUGAAAAAGAAGGGGAUAAGACGACUCCCUCUAACAACUCUCUUACGGCAAGCGAGCAGGAAAUAGUUACCAAGCUGCCAGGCGUGGAUGGUGAAGACCCGUGCUAUGAGUUUAAGCAAGAGCAGCACCUGACGCAACGCACCCAUCUCUACUACUUAGACUACGAUUUCACCAUGGAGUAUGGCCCACACGAUGUUACGCUUGUCGCCCAGCUCUCCAUGGAUCGGCUCCAGAUGGUUGAAGCUCUCUGUCAGAACUGGGAAGGUCCGAUCAGCCUCGCGCUCUACAUGUCCGACAGCGAGGCACAGCAAUUUCUACGUUAUGCGUUGGGCUCGCCUGUACUUAAGGCUCGCAAGAAUAUUGGCUAUCACAUCGUGUUUAAAGAAGGGCAAUUCUACCCUGUGAAUUAUCUCCGCAACAUUGCAUUGGAGCACGCGCGGACCCCGUUUGUGUUCCUCACUGAUAUCGACUUUCUACCGAUGCCUUCGCUGAACGUCUACAUCAAGCAGAUGCUGGAAUCCUCUCCUAACGAGAAAAAGGCGUACGUUGUCCCCGCGUUUGAGACCCUCCACUACAAGCUGGAAUUUCCUCAGACCAAGUCACAGCUACUCUCCUCCUGGGACCUAGGCACCGUCUUUAUCUUCAGGUACAACGAGUGGAGUAAAGGGCAUGCGCCAACAGACUACGCCAAGUGGAGAACCGCCACUACGUUAUACACAGUUCAAUGGGAGGAGGAUUAUGAGCCGUACAUCGUGGUUCCCAAGGACAUUCUGAGAACUCCUUCAAGAUACAGACAUCUCCCUCUGAGGACGUUCACACCUUAUCAAUCACUCUUGGUCCCUUGUGGUGUUACCUACCAACACACUAAAAUCCAAUCAAGGCACCAACCCUUUGCUGGUAUGAAUUUGUGGUUCUCCCUAACGCGUUCAUCGUCCAUUUGCCCCACUCCCCUUCGUUUGAUAUCUUCAAGUUCAGAUCCAGUCAGCAGUACAGAAGGUGUCUGCGAGAGCUCAAGGAUCAGUUCAAGAAAUAUCUCCUUCAGCAUUACGGACAGGACAAGUUCCCCGAGCUCGAGUUAGACAGCUGACGGCCGCCUCGUCCAUAGAUAUGUACAUUUACAAUGUCUACAGAAUGAUACAUAGUUUGUAGUAAUUUAUUUUUUCAGUAGGUGGUUUCAAAAAGGUAUAUAUGGAGAACAAGCUUAACUAUUAUCAUUUCGAGGGAUUAUUCAAGAAGUGCACAAAGAUGGUAUGCAAAUGCAACAGGAUAAUAGCUAUUAAAUCCGAGAGAUAAUAGAUAGAAAGAUAUUUCUUUGUUCUGAAGCCUGACUGCUUCUGGGUAACUGUGUAGGAAGUUAAACAAAACAAAAGUCGAAAAGGAAACCUCACCCUUCCCAGAAUACAUUGGAAUGGUAACAUAAUAUACCUACUCGAUUUUUAUCUUUGGCUGUCAGCCGGUUCCAGCUUUUGUACACCAACUACCUUGGAGUGUACGUGUAUACAUAGCAUAACACAUACAUAUUACAACCAGGGAGAUUUAAAGUAAUGGAUUAUGGGUAGGGUAUAACUGUCCCUUAAAACACUGUUGUGUUCUAGGUUUGUGUUAGUGGUUUAAUUAUUGAAUGGAUGAAAUGUUGGUUGAUUGGGGAAAUAUUGAGAGGUUUUUUGUAGGGGCGGGUUCAAAUAUUUCUUGAUAGGAACUGCUACCUCGUUUCCGCUCACCACCAAACUAUAUGUACAUCGCAAAUUAUCGCAAAGUAUGAAAUAAUAUAAAAAAUCUAUAUUUUUAUUGAAAGAAUUAGAAUUGUACAUAACUUGAUUGUAAUAAAGAAAAUGCACAGCCUUAA